UUGUUUUUAAAAAUGGCGGCGGCACUUGUUAGUUCGUCUCGUCAGGUGGGGAGGCUAACCAAUGCUGCAAAAAGGUUGUAUUCAGAUGCUUACCCAAAGAUAACAACUCAUUACACCAUUCACCCAAGAGAUAAGGAUCCACGAUGGAAAGAAAUAAGUAUGGAGCGAGUGGCGGAGGAGACGGACAUCCUCAUUAUUGGUGGAGGACCGGCUGGCAUGGCUGCUGCCAUCAGAGCUCGGCAGAUUGCAGAGGAAAAGGGAGCUGAAGUCAGAGUAACCCUACUAGAAAAGGCAGCUGAAAUUGGUGGUCACAUUCUAUCGGGUGCCUGUGUGGAUCCUAUAGCUCUGAACGAAUUGAUCCCAGACUGGCAAGAGAAGGGUGCUCCUAUGAACACUCCGGUAACAUCGGACAAGUUCGGUCUCCUUACUAAGAGUGGGAGGAUACCUAUUCCUGUGUUUCCUGGUUUACCUAACUACAACCACGGCAACUAUGUGGUGCGUUUGGGACACCUAGUAAGGUGGUUAUCUGAACAAGCCGAGGCUGCUGGAGCUGAGAUCUGGCCAGGCUGCGCAGGCGCAGACCUGAUAUACCGCGACGAUGGCUCACUAAAAGGUGUUGCCACGGGUGACGUCGGUAUCGCUAAGGAUGGCAGCCCUAAGGACAUGUUCGAACGAGGCAUGGAGUUCCACUCCAAGAUUACCAUCUUCACUGAAGGUUGCCACGGCCAUUUAACAAAGAUGAUUUCAAAUAAGUACAACUUGAGAGCGAACAGUGAGCCCCAGUCAUAUGGUAUUGGACUUAAGGAGCUCUGGGAAGUUAAACCAGAGAACCACAAGCCCGGUCUAGUAGAACACACAGUAGGUUGGCCUUUAGAUAAGAACACAUACGGAGGCUCGUUCAUCUACCACUUGAAGGUGGCGGAGGGCGAAGCACCUCUCGUGGCCGCGGGCUUCGUCGUCGGCCUCGACUACUCGAACCCUUACCUCAGCCCCUUCAGGGAGUUCCAGAAGUUUAAGACUCAUCCGUACAUUAGGCCUAUGUUUGAAGGUGGUUCCCGCAUAGCAUACGGCGCGCGCGCGCUAGUAGAGGGAGGCUGGCAGUGCCUGCCGGUGCCUGUGUUCCCGGGGGGAGUGCUGGCGGGGGACUCCGCCGGGUUCCUCAACGUGCCGCGGAUCAAGGGCACGCAUAAUGCGAUGAAGAGUGGUAUGCUGGCGGCGGAAGCUGCAAUGGAUCUCAUCAUAGCCGGGGAGGCGACACACGAGAAAGGAGUAGUUCCCACACAGUAUGAAGAGAAGCUCAAGGAAUCUUAUGUUUACAAAGAACUCAAGCAAGUACGUAACUGCAGACCAUCGUUCCACACGUCGCUGGGUCUGUACGGAGGUGUCGCGUACUCUGCGUUCAGUACGCUCAUGAGGGGGAAGGAACCCUGGACUAUCAGCCAUGGAGGUGCUGAUCACGCGAGACUGAAGCCUGCGAAGGAAUGCCAGCCGAUAGAGUAUCCCAAACCUGAUGGAGUUAUCACUUUCGACCUGCUCUCGUCCGUCGCUCUUACUGGAACGAACCACGAGGCUGACCAGCCAGCCCACUUGACCCUGAAGGACGACACGGUACCUGUGAAACAGAACCUCGGAGUCUACGAUGGACCCGAAGCUAGAUUCUGUCCUGCAGGUGUAUAUGAAUUCGUGCCGAUGGAGAGUGGCGAUGGACAACGCCUACAAAUCAAUGCUCAAAACUGCAUACAUUGCAAGACAUGUGACAUCAAGGAUCCAUCGCAGAAUAUAAACUGGGUGGUUCCUGAAGGAGGCGGCGGCCCCGCUUACAACGGCAUGUAAAUUUAUCAUAGACGACCAACACCUCUACUAUCUAUUGUCUAUACUGCCCGAAUAAAUAUAACCUCAUUUUUAUGUAAUUGAUCCUAUAAAUGUGUAUAGUAUUUGUAAGUCGGAUCAUGUUUUAGAGUCAUUUAUUAGAUUUUUUUUUGUAUUUAGACAAUCUUUAAACUUUUUUCUGUUACUAUUCGUUUCUCAAAGCUAUGUUUCCUAUGAUAAAAGUGUUCUAUUAUAUCAUUUCUAGUGAUAAUCCAAAGUGUAAAUUCAUAUCACUCAUUUAUACUUUCAAAGCAUAAAAACAAAGUGUAGCUACUAUUCUUCAUAUGUAUGCAUGGAAAGAAUAAAUGUUAUGUAACGAUAAAUAAAAUUAUGUAUGAAAUAAAUUGACCAAUAUUUGUUAGUAGGUAAAAUAGAAGGUAGCAUGAAUUCCUGACUAGUUUGUUUAUAAAAAUGUAUCAAAUUAAGCUUCCUGUACAAAACUGGUGCUGUGUACGUUUCCAUAUUUAUCUUGAAUUUGAAUGUGAGUAUGAUGAUCCCAAUUAGAUUUUAAGUGUUAAUUUUACAUUGAAAAUUAAAU